AUGACUACAAUCGAAGAAAAAAAGUCAAUCAGCCGAUCACGAGUUAUAUUGUCUCAGGUACUAGCAUGUCUCGCACUGGACUUCUUACUGAUUGGGCUGGGCCUGUCCAUCAGUUUCGUUACAAUGGUAUUACCUGAGGUACUUGAUGCUAAAGAAGGACUUUCAAUCACUAAAAAACAGGCAUCAUGGUUCGGCAGUAUGGCGUUUCUGUGUCAGCCACUUGGCAGCAUAUUCUCAGGACCACUUCUAGACCACUUCGGUCGAAAGAAGGCGCUGUUCCUGGUGAACAUACCUCACGUGGUUGCCUGGCUACUCAUGUACUACGCGUGGGAUGUACCGUCACUCUUCAUUGGAAAUGCCUUGCUCGGCAUAGGAACUGGCAUCAUGGAAGCCCCGUCCGUAACUUAUGUUGGUGAGAUAAGUGAUCCAUCAGUGCGAGGGAUCUUGACGACCCUGACCAAUGGGUUCACCUCGACGGGUAUGUUCGUGGCGUACCUGCUGGGGACAGUGCUACCGUGGAGACAGGCUGCGCUGGUAGCACUCACUGUACCACUAACUACCAUGGUGCUCGUGCUCUUUGUACCAGAGACUCCAAUAUGGCUGCUAUCGAAGGGCCGUCAAAAAGAAGCUCUGAAUUCCCUAUGUCGUCUCCGUGGCUGGGCAAAGCCAGAACACGUGAAAGAAGAAUUUGAUGAACUGAUACAAUACCACGAUGACUUACGACGAUGUGUGCUAUGUGCCAAAGAAGGAAAGAUCUUGGAACUAUGCGAACAUUACGACACAAGUUCUUUCAAGAAGAUUAUUUUAAAAAUAAAAUACGUAUUCUUCGUUAAAGAAACCAUGAAGCCGUUUAUGUUGGUGCUAGCGUACUUCUUCUUUUACACCAUGAGUGGAGCUGUGCCCGUGAGGCCUAACAUGGUAAACGUGUGCAGAGCCUUAAGAAUGAAAUAUGACCCCAAGAAUAUUGUUGUUAUCAUUGGCGCUCUCUUCAUAGUAACAAGCUUACUGUCAGCUGCUAUAGUCAGAUUUAUUGGGAAGAGGAAGCUGGUCGUUGGAUCCAUGUUGGGAACAGCUUGCUGUAGCAUGGCCAUCGGUAUCUACGCUCGUAUGAACCUUCCUUCCAGCGUCUUCUCCUACGAGAUCGACACGUUCACUGACAAGAAGGAACUCUUGCCUGUCGUCUUAUUCUUAUCACUCAUAUUCUUCAACGCACUUGGAAUCCCUUGGGUGCUAUUGUCCGAAGUUUUUCCAUUCCGGAGCCGCGGUAUCGCCACGGCCCUCGCAGCUGCAUCAAACUACAUCAUUUACUUCGGUGCAGCUAAAACUAACUACAAUAUUGAAUAUGCUUUCCACCUAAGUGGAACAUUUGGUAUAUAUGCCAUAUUCGGUUUCAUAGGAACAAUAUACUUGUAUUUGUUCUUACCAGAAACUGAGAAGAAGACUUUAGCCGAAAUUGAAGCAUAUUACAAAAGUGAUAGAAAAAUAUUCGCUGAUGAUUUCUUAAUAAACGCUUUCAGGAAGAAGAAAGUCGUAAGCAGCGAUGCUGAUAAACCGAUGCUAGUCAAAACAAUUAAUUGA